CUUCCUUUUAUCACCUUCCUCAUCUUCUUGUUUUGACUUCCUAUCUUCAAUUCAUUUUCUUCAUCGUUAUUAAUCUUAAUUUUCACCAGCCAUGUCGAAACUCUACAUCUUUAUUAUCCUUACUAUAUUCACCCCAACUUUAUUAUUAAUAUCAGUCAAAUUAAAUUCUUCAUCAGUCAAAGAAUUCCUUGAAUACAAUAUUUAUCAGCAGCACUCUAAUGAGGUCAACAUUGUGCUGCUAGGCGGCAAGGGGUUACCAAAAAAAGGCACUGUGGAGUACAACUCCGCCGCCUGGACAGCUGUUGAGCAAUACGGCCGCCGCCACCUCUCCACCGCACAUCAUUCACCUGCACUGACAUUUGCUGCGGCGGGCGAUGUCAACACCAAGAUACGAAGUUUGGGAAAUUUGCAUUUUGCCCAAAUAAGUGUCGGGACUCCUCCAGAUUCUUUUAUGGUGGCGAUUGACACUGGCAGCGAUAUAUCUUGGUUGCCUUGUGGAUGCAAGAACUGUCCUGCCUACUUUCUAACGGAUAAUGAAGACGUAAAAUUUCUCAAUUCCUACGAUCCCAAAAAUUCAUCCACAAGUGCAAUAAUCUCUUGCGAGAGCCCGGAGUGCUGGCCAAAGAAUCAAUGUCCAGCCCAGUCCCGCAAGGCAUGCCCCUACGAAGUAACUUACGGGUCAAGCAACACUACUUCGACUAAGGGCAUCCUUGUUAAGGAUGUCUUGCACUUAGAAACCUAUGACCACAAACGCCAGCCUCGUACUGCGCCAAUUAUAUUCGGGUGUGGAAUGAUUGAGACCGGCGAGAAUUUGGAGGAAGGCGCAAUCAAUGGUUUGCUAGGGCUGGGAUUUAACACACCUUUGGAUGUGCCUGGCAGGUUAGCAUCCAAAGGCUUAGUACCCAACUCUUUCUCCUUAUGCUUUGGCCUUGAUGGCAAAGGUAGGCUAGCAUUUGGAGACAAGGGUAGCAGUGAUCAGAUGAAAACACCAAUAGAGCAGGGCAGCCCUGGUUAUUACAUAAGGAUAGAGCGCAUUGGUGUGGACAAAAUUGGAACCAAUGUUGACUUUGUAGCCCUGGUUGAUUCUGGCACCUCUAUUACACAGCUGAAUCAUGAGGAAUAUACCAUUUUAACAAAGAAUUUCGAUUCUCUAGUGAAGGACACACGUGUGGCUCUCACAGAUCAACCUCGUUUUCAGUACUGCUAUACUCCAAGCACAAAUCACACCACACAUCGGACUCCUUCUUUGACCCUAAAGAUGAAAGGAGGAGCCUAUUUCGAUGUUAUAACCCCCAUUGUCAUAACGACUCUUCCGAUGGGUGAACCAGUUUACUGUUUAGGCAUUGUUGAAAAUCAGAAUAUUGAUGUCAACGUUAUAGGGCAGAAUUUUAUGACGGGCUACCGUCUUGUAUUUGAUCGUGAAAAGUCAAUUUUUGGAUGGAAGCAAUCAAACUGUAUAGCAAAAGAAGCGAACACUAUUGCCACAAGCGAAGCAUCUUCAGCAACAAUGGGCGGCAUAGUCGUGAUUCUUUUAGUUUCUUUUUCUGUUACACAUAUAUAAUGUAAUUAUGAUUUUAUUUCUAUAACCUAAUAGGGCAGAACUUGGAUGUACAAAAUCUUUCCAGCUAGAGAAUUCACAAAUUCUUUAUGUAUAUAUGUGGCAGAAAUGGUUAAAUAAAUAAUGAAU